AGUUCUUCCAAGCCCCAUUCCUCCUCUGAGGGGGAGAAGCAGCGAAAGCCACCAUCAGCCCUCUCGCCGACAGGCUUCGGCUGCCUCCGCUCCGCGCGCUCUUGCCGCAGGCGCCCGCCCCAAUUCUGGGGUUCCAGAACCGAAUCCCAGCAGCAGGUGCCGUUAGAGAGCGCGCUCUUCGCCCUCGUUCGCACCGCCCAGGAAGCGGCAGCUGGCCGGCCCGGGGGGACGGGCUGCAAGGGAGCUCCUGCUCGCCCGCCGCCGCCGCCGCCGCGGCGCCCUCGUAGCCUCGACGAGCAAGGCAGCAGCGCCAGCCAUGGCGGGCUACUCCCGAGACGAGCGGCCGCACCUGCACCACCGCACCAGCCGCAAAUCCACGUGGCUCUACCGGGAGCCCGCCGUCGAAUACGUCCCGGUGGGGCUGCCCCCCAAGAGCCUGCUGGACAAGCUGGUGUGCGACAUGCAGGUGCACCUGGAGGAGAUGGAGCGGAUGCGAGCCGUGCUGGUGGACGCCUACCCGUGCCUGGCCUCCUCCUGGGUGGGCAGCGGCGGCGGGGCCAGGAACCGGUCCAGCAGGUACGGCGGCGGCUCCCUGGCCGCCGAGGACGAAGACGACGCCGGCGGCAGCAGCAGCAGCAGCAGCAGCAACUACCGCUUCGCCGUCAGCGUGGCCGGCUUCUCCCCGGAGGAGCUGUCGGUGAAGCUGGACGGCAGGAAGGUGACGGUGAGCGGCAAACACACCAAGAAGACGGAGGAGGAGGGCUGCGUCUCGCACGAGUACCGCGAGGUGCGCAAGGAGGUCCGCCUGCCCGACGACGCCAACCUCGACGCCGUGGCCUGCACCCUCGCCCCCGAGGGCGGCUGCCUGCGCAUCGAGGCGCCGCGCCUGACCUCGCCGCCGGCCGAGGAGAGGGCCAUCCCCAUCACCAUCCGCCAAGGCCCCGACCCGCCGGCGGCGGCGGCGCCCCCUCUCGCGCCAGCCAUCGCAGCAGGCAGCCUCCCCGAGGCCAAGGAGGCGCCGCCGCCGCAGCCGCCGCCUGCCAACCCCGAAGCGACUCCGCCGCCGGCGGCCCAGUAGGAAGGAAGGCGGCCCCGCAGGCGCAGCUGCUGCGGCUGCCUCCGGCCAGGCGGCUCCUCGACGCCCGCUUUGCCAGCGCCUCUCUUGGGGCUCCUUCCUUCCCUCUCGCGCUGUCCGCCGCCCUUCUUUGCCUCCGCCGUGCUGGUCUCCUUCGCCGUGCCCGUCGAGGGCGCCCGCACGCCCCGAAGCCCCGCGGAUCUCGCUGCGCCGCGCCGUCUGGAGUCGUCGCUGGCCGCUAAGCAAGCCGGGCGCUGAAGCGAGGAGGAGACAGGCAGACACCUUCGCUGUGUGGUGGAUCCGAGGGAGCGAGGCGAGCCCGGGGCCUUUCCCCCUUUCAAUAAACUUGCUUUCCCCCCCCCCC